AUGUCGAACGUGGAGAGCGUCAUGCCUUACUUCACAGUAAGCAUGGGCCAAGCCGCCAUCACAUCGCCGUCCUUGUGGAAGACACUUCUCCGGUCAUACUCCCACAUCAACCAAACAUAUAACCUCCAAGACUCCCAUGGUGUCCUUGCUUGUCAGGCUGGUCUCAAGAGCAUACUGAACACCACCUUUGACCGUGAGGCUCAAGCUUUCUUGGACCGCCACUCCGAAAACCUCGAUGUUCUGGACGACUCUCUAAACGGUCCGGCCAAGGCGCGCCUGCUCGCCAGGGCCGUCGCCGGUGUCGUUGCCGUCUUUGAGCACCUGUCUGCAUGCCGUGGUGAGAUCACACAGGAGGUCUUCGAUCAUCAAGUACAGCAUUUCGCCAAGAGUGAUCAGUGCAGAAGGAUCACUGCGAAGAUUGAAGAGAGCAAGGUUUUCUCACGCUGCUACGCAAAGAGCCAGCUUGCAGACGUGAUCUGCCAGGCUGUUGAAGAUGGCCCCGACACGGCGAGCCUUGGUCUCGGAGAGGAUGAUCAGGCUGCGAUUGAGUGGGCAUCCGAAUUGCCCUCGAGGAACAUGGGACUGCCUUGGGGUUUCACGAUCCUCGCGUUGAACUGA